GAGGCUAUAUAAAACUUCCCAUAACCAUGUUCUUAAUAAGCCUAUGCUCCCAUUCUCUUUUGUCUCCUUACCCAUUUCAGCUCCUAACAAUGGGCUGUUGCAUUAGCAAAUGCAAACCCAAGAAUAAGCAUUCCAUUCAAGAUUUCAACCAUGCUCAAGACAACAAACCCAAGAAGCAUUCCAUUCAAGUUUUCAACCAUUUUCAAGUUCAAGACAAGCUUGUAAUCUCUCAAGCUCCAAAAUUAACCCUUAAAACUCCCAUUAUUCCUCCUUCAAACAAGAUAUCCCCAUCCCCUCCCUCACCUACCACUUCUUCAUCUUCUGUUUCUUCUUUUACUUGUACGAGCAAUUCCAACACUUCUGUUAGCUCCGGCUCUUCGCUUUCUAGUGGAUCUUCAUCCAUCCUGACCUCAAAAGAUCGAUCUUUCUCUAAUGAGUUCUUGUGGUCUUGUGUUAAGGAAAAUCCACACAUAAUCCGCAUCAAUUCAAUCAAGGAAUACUCUCAGUUGCUUGUUCCUCCAAAUGUAUAUUCCCAGAAGCUAGACUCUGCUGUGCCAGCACCGAAGCAGCCAAUCCCUCAACGAGUACAUGGAUCAUCUACACCUCAGAAAAGAGUUCGUUCAAACUCAACAAGUCCACUAAAUAGACAGAAGAGCUUUCGCAGAGAACCCGAGAGAAUUAAUUCUUCAUAUUAUCCGCCCAUUAGAACUCUGAGGUCACCAUCUCCUAGCAGGCGAUUUAAUGGAGAGAGUGGCAGAGGGAUUUUGACAGGCACGCCAAAGGAAAGUUGUUCAAAACGCACGGUUAGUUCCAAGGUAAAUGCAGCAGCUAAUUCUGUUUCUUCAUCUCUGAUGAGAAAGGAGAAUUUGAGGCCAGUAAGUCCAUAUAUCAAUUCAAGUCAUCAUCUUCGUUCUUGCUUGAAGAAUAAAGAGACUUGCAUUCACCGCAUUAGUUCUAAAAUAGAUGAAGUUGCAGUUGAAGAAGCGCUGGCUAACCAUGAUAGUGACGCUCCCAUGGAGGAUAUUGAUAAUCCUCUUAUUUCUUUGGAUUGCUUUAUAUUUCUGUAAAAAUAUAUAAUAAUGGUGUGCAUGCAUUUUUAACAUGUUGUGUUGUGCAUAUAUAUAUAUAUAAUUAAGAUUUUGGUUCUUGGGUUUUUCUUCA